AUGCAGCCGGAUGGUGGCCGGGGAGGCGGUGGCAGGCCGCCCGCCGCCGCGCCCACAGCCAUACCGGGGGCCAGGGCGGCGGCGGAGGACCCUCGCUGGGCGGUGCUGGUCACCUCCGCCUCCAUGGGCGACACUACCUCUGUGGACCUGGGGGAGAGCCUGCAGGAGGGCCUGUUUGCCACCAGCAUGCGGCGCGGCGCCACCGACCACGGCUACGGCUCGCUGGGCCACGGCCACGGCGCCUGGCUGAGCAGCAGCCCGCACCCGUCGGCCACGCGCGGCGGCGGCAUGGCUGCGGGAGCGCCGCACCACCGCGCACCCACCUCGCCCUACCCCACCUCGCUGCCCCCGCCCACGCUGCGCCGCCAGGUCUCUUUUGGGUCUGGCGUGCUGUCGCCGCGCGGUCAGAGCGACGCGCCGCCAGCGCAGCCAGCGGUGGCGGAUGGGGCGGCGGCGGCUGAUGCGGGGGUGGACCUUGAGUCAGCGGGGAGCGGCAUGGGCCUGCUGUCGCCGCGCACCUCCCUGGACCAGCGGCGGCCGCAGCGCUGGCACCUGCAGACCACCGCGCCGGCCAGCGUGGCCACGGAGAGCGUGGCGGCAGACCUGCAGGAGCCGCUGCUGUCCGGAGACUUUGCCGAUCGCGCCGUCUCCGGCACGGCGGCCGCCGCAGCCGCCUUUGCAGCCGUGGUGGAGGGCAGCAAGGGCGGGGACACGGGCGCGGCCGGGGCGCCCGCGGGGGCGGUCGUCGUCGCGCGGGACGUGGCGGGGGCGGAGCGCGGCGAGACGGAGCUCAGCCGGGCGCUGGUGUUUGGCGUGAUCAACAGCGUGGCCACCAUACCCUCGCUGGUGGCGUACGCGCAGGUGGUGUUCAAGGACGGCAUCUACACCCCCUACCUCGACCAGCUCUGCAAGUUUUUCUUCCUCUCCAGCGCCGUGCACCAGACCGUGUUCUGCCUGCUGUCCACGCUGCCCUUCUCGGUCGGCCAGGUGCAAGACGUAGGCCUCAUCUUCCUGAGCGCCAUGGCCACCAGCAUAGCCGGCGCGUGCCUGGCGGCGGGGCUGGACGCCGCGGUCGCGCUGGGCACCUCGCUGCUCACCAUGAGCGUGGCCACUUUCUUCACCGGUGCCAUGGCCAUGCUUGUCGCGCGGUUCAAGCUGGCCCAGCUGGUGCAGUACCUGCCGCUGCCGGUCAUCGGCGGAUACCUGUCGUUCGUGGGCUACUUCUGCAUCGCCAGCGGCAUCGGCCUGGGCACCAGCCAAGACAUCGGCAGCCUCUGGGUCAACCUGCUCAACGCGGAUGCGCUCACCAAGCUGGUGCCCACCGUGCUGUCCUGCCUGGCCAUGAUCGCCACCCUGGAGCACUUCUCCCACCCACUGGCGCUGCCGGGGGUGCUGGUGGCCACCAACCUGGCCUUCCAUGCAGUCCGCCUGGCCCUGGGGGUCAGCAUGGAGCAGGCCAUGGAUGCCCACUGGGUCAUCCGGCCCGCGGAGGGCACCCAGCGCUUCUGGGAGCUGUGGGGGCUGUUCAACAUCCGGGGCUGGAGCCUGAGCGGCAUCUACUUCCCCGCGCUAGCCGACCAGUGGCUCAAGAUGCUGGGCCUGGCGCUGGUGGUCAUCUUUGGGUCGGCCAUGGACAUCGCCGCCAUCCAGCAGGACACGCCCAAGAAAAUCGACUUCAACAGGGAGCUGGUGACAGUGGCGGUCUCCAAGAUGGCCACCGGCGCCGCCGGCUGCGGCUACACCGGCUCCUACAUCUUCUCCCAGACCAUCUUCACCAUGCGGGCGGGCGUGUACAACCGCUGGAACGGAUGGGUGGUGGCUCUGUCCGAGUACACCAUGUUUGCGCUGCCCUUCCCGGAGUAUUGCCUCCUCAUCUCCACCUUCAUGGCCAUCAUGCAGUGGGGGCUGGAGGGCGGCAUCCUGGCCGGCAUCGUGCUGGCCACCCUCUAUUUCGCCCUGGCAUACGCCAAGAGCCAGGUGGCGGCCAUGCAGGUGGUGGAUGCGGCGCGCAGCAGCGUGGUGCGCACGGUGGAGCAGCAGGCGGCGCUGGAGAUGCUGAGCGGCAGGCUGGCCACCGUCAGCCUCAACGGCUUUGUCUUCUUCGGCAGCGCAAACACCAUCGGCCAGCGGCUGCAGGAGAAGGCGGAGCGCCUCGGCGGCGGUGUGGACGGCCUGCCGGCGGCGGCGGAGGGGCAGGAGGGGGUGGAGGAGGCGCUCGUCAACAGCCUGCGCACGGUUGGGGAGGAGUAUGUCGGCAUCAAGCACACGCAGGCUGUGGCUGCGCUGGCUGCCGCCCCCGCCUACCUGGUGCUUGACUUCCAGGCGGUACGGGGGCUGGAUGCCACGGGGGCGCGCACCAUGGGCAUGGUCGACCUGGUGCAGCACGGCGUGGUGCUGGUGGUGACGGGCGCCGACCACCACGGCAUCCGCCCGCUGCUGCUGGCGCACGGCCUGCCACUGCCGCCGCAGCCGCUGUACUGGCCGCUGGAGCUGGAGCAGCCGACGACGGCAGAUGUGGAGGCCAGCCUUCGUGGCAGCCAGGCUGGCUCGCCCCGCGCCCGCACCCCCACCCGCUCCCCGCUGGCCAGCCUGGCCCAGGAGCAUGCGUGGGAGGAGGGGCUGGGGCUGGCUGCCUUUGAGGACAGCGUGCAGGCCAGCUGCCUGGAGUACUGCGAGGACCAGCUGCUGGAGGUGGCGGUGCGGUACGGCCUGUGCCAGCCGCCCUCGGCGCUGCUGCCGCUGGAAGACAUGUUGCGCUCGCACCUGCAGAAGCUGCAGACGGCCAGCUGA